AUGAAAUUUACCAACGCCAUUUGUUACACCUAUUUGAUUACAGUCGCAAUAGCGGCUCCAAUAGAAGCCACCAAAGCUUCCGAAGCCGUUGCUCCAAGAAAUCUUGCCAGUAUUGAAAAAGCUUUAGAACUGAAAGCAGCUGCCCUUAAGGCAUCCGCAUUACAAUCUGCCAAAAAUGCUCUUUCAAAUGGUGUAUCAUCUGCUAAAAGUGCUGCUGGAAAUGCUGCUAGCUCAGUUGAACUGGCUGCGCUGCUGAAAUUUUCAUCUAUAGUCGCUGCUGCUCAGCUGGAAGCUGCCUCUCUUAAAACUGCUGCUCAGCAAGCAGUUUCAAAUGCUGAACAAGAUGGAGAUGAUGAAAUUGCUUGUGUUCAAGAAGACUUACAACUGAAAGCAGAGGAACUAGAAUCUGCUGUUCAACAGGCUAUUGCUUCGGCUAAGGGUGCCACCUCUCUGGAAAUUGCGUCGAUCGAAUCAUCUUUGGAACUGAAGGCUGCAUCUCUUAAGCAAUCAGCUCAACUGGCGGUCACAUCUGCUGAAAACGCAGGCAAACUGAAAAUUAUCUCUGCUGAAAAAGCGGUCAUCCUGCGUGUUGCUGCAGUUGAAGAUAAUUUUUGGGAGAAGGUUGGUUCUGCUAAAGGUUCUUUUGAACUGAAGGCGGCUUCUCUUAAAAGUGAACUUGAAUCUUUGUUCUGA